AUGGCCUUCAACUUCAACUGGUCGCCUCUAACGGCCGACGCUGAUUUCUAUUCUCGAGCGCGCGACCUCCUGACGAAAGCUCUUAAUAAAUCUCCCAAGCCGCCCAUCAUUGUCGAUGACAUCCUCGUCGACGAGCUCAACCUGGGCAAUGUGCCCCCGGACUUGGAGAUCCUCGAAAUUGGCGAUCUGGCCGAGGAUAGAUUCCGUGGCAUCUUUAAAAUGACCUACUCAGGCGACGCGUAUCUCACGCUCAAAACCCGAGUUCAGGCCAAUCCUCUCAACACCUAUCUCCACUCUAAGCCUAGCUUCACAUCUCCAAAGCCUCUUGCGGCUGCUUCAUCACUCACCAUUCCUAUAUCAAUCACCUUGUCUGAAAUCAAGUUGUCAGCGUUUAUUAUUUUGGUGUUUUCAAAACAGAAAGGCUUAACGCUUGUCUUCCGCAAUGAUCCCCUCGAGUCUCUCAAGGUCUCGUCGACCUUUGACUCCAUCCAGUUCGUUCGCGACUACCUGCAACGGACAAUUGAACAGAAGCUACGAGACUUGAUGAUGAACGAGCUACCUGCCAUCAUCCAUCGGCUGUCACUCCAGUUGUGGUGUCCCGACCAGGCCAACAAGCCUGGGGAGUAUCCCACUGAUGAGGUUGAUGAAAAGGGUGUAGAUCCAUUUAUCAGCCCUCCCGAUGAUCCGGUAGAUGCCAAUGGGAAUCUCUUGGACGCCAAUGCUCUGUCUGAGCUUACCCCCCAGGGUGCCGGCGAUGCGCAGUCUCUUUUUUCACAAAAGAACUUGCUCCGACUUGCGGCGCUCACCGACUCACACCGCACCCUGUCGUUGUUCACCCCAGGCAUUCGUGAUGUUGUGUUCAGAGCCUGGACGGGUCAUGGAGACAGGUCAGAAGCUAUGACGCCAGCAAUGGCACCCCCUAGCUUGUCCAGGACCCAUUCUCUUCCCACUGGCACGAGUACGACCUAUACUUUUUCGGAUACAAGUAGCACUACCCAAGGCUAUUUGCCAUCCAGGUCCGUAUCGCAGAUUAACCUGAGCUCGACGUCGCCUGGUCGGGCGGUGGGAACUUCAAGCAGGUCUCGCCCAGGCCGAAAGAAGAAGACCAGAGUUGUCAAUUUGCGACGAAGCAAGUCAGAAGUCGAUACGCCAACCGAGACCGAGACUGAGAGCGAGACCGGAUCCGAUACUAUUUCGGAGGGUCCUUUUUCUGAACCGUUGAUGACUAGUUCAAUUCCCGAGAUGGAGGAUGACGAAGACAUCCUUGCCGAGAGUCUGGCCAGCAAGCUUCACUUCACCAACGAAGAGAAGAAGUCGGCUGCCUCCAUCAACCAGAGCCCACUGUCCCAACCGCCUCUUGUCUCCGACCCGAGUGAAAAGACGUCGUCUAUUGCCAAAGCUUUGGAAAAUGCUGGCAAGAAACUUUCAGUUGACACAGCUCUGCCUAAACGGACCCAGACCAAGCAUGAUUCAGGCUCAGACUCAUCAUCGGUCAUCCUUGAGCAAGCCUGGAUCAUGAAGAUGGCCGGCGAAAUUGCUCGUCGUGUCUAUGACGAAAAGAAUCGUCAGAACAACCCUUCAGGCGGUGUGUGGGAGGAGCAAGAGGCACCUCCUACAUAUGAAGCCGCAAUCCAUUAA